GUGAGGGAUUAGAAACGAAAAGGGAUCUCUAGGAUUCCUGAGAACUGUGACAUUAAUUGCAAAAUAGAGACUAAAAUGGCCGAGCCAAGCGAGGCUAUAAAAGAAUCGAUCGCGCCUUGGCCAGGAUCAGUUGAUUUUCCACGCCCAAGCGAAGAUGAUGUUCCUCAAAGUUCCUCAAAACUGCAGAUCCCAUGUGCUGUUGGUCCUGCUGCUGAUGAUCCGUGGAUCGCUGUGUGUGCCAGCUCUGGACGCAGCUCCUCCGGCUGCCACGCCCAACACCGUCGAAGAGUCGGAAAAUCUGGUCGAGGGCAGUGGCGAACCAGUUGUCGCUCCCACAGACGCUGUCGCUUCAACCAGCAAUGAAACCAAUCCUCCAGCAGAUGGAAGCGCGGAAGCAGCGGUGCCUGACAAUGUGGCCAGUGGAAGCAGCAUUGAUCCCACCACCGUGUACGCUGGAGGCAUCCUCACUCCCGAGGCCUUUCAGCAGUACUUGAGCCAGUACGGAGCCUAUGCUCCCUACUCCUAUCCGGCUCCUGUGGCGGGAGCAGCAGCUGGCAUUUACCCGUACCCUGGACCCAUUGUGGUGCAGACGGGCUACGAGGGCUUCUUGAUGCCCACAAAUACCGCCGGAGCAUCGGACAGUACCACUGUGCUGGCUCCUGCUGCACAGCCCAACUCCUCGAAUCCGCUGAUGGCAUUUGUCUCCAAUCUUCUGCCCACCAUCCUGAUGUCCACGCUCUUUCGCAUCGCCGCCGUAGUGGUGUCCGCCGUGGGCAUUAUCCUGUUUGGGGGUGCCAUCACCAGUGCCAUCUGCAGGAUCACCCCGAUCUGCGAAAUACCCGCCCGUGCGGUGAAUAUCCUGCGCACGGGCGGUGCCCAGGAUGUGGGUCGCAUGCUGGCCGAGGAGAUGACUCCGGAGCGGGUGCGUCGGGCAACGGAGUUCGUGCGCAACGCCAUCCGGAAGUACAAGCAACUGCAGAAGCUGGUGGAGGCCUCGGAGGCGGUGACCGAGUUGACCAACUAGGGAUAUCGCGAUGGGUGUAGGUUUAGUGCUGGCUCGUAAAUUAGGUGGAAUGCAAAAUGUACUUUUAAUGAUGCUAUAAAACACGAUUUCACUUUUCUCUGUUACAUGGGGUUCUUGAAAGAUGUUGACAAUUUUGCCUGGAAAUGUAUUAGUCGCAUAGGCAUUUUUAAAUAUAUGUAAACAGGCUUAAUAAGACAGAAAGGCUUUCGAAAUAAUAUAUUUUUAAAUGUUUCGCAAACAGUAAUAAUCGAAUCCCAUGAUCCUUAACUUAUUAUUGAUUAUUAGCUUACAAUUACUUACAAUUACUUGGAACUUCUGUAGCAACCCUCUGCGGAUUCUAUGGCGCACACUGACCCAUGUGAAAUACUCGUGUGUGUGCACUUGCAUAUGUAAUUUGUACUCCCUCAAUGCCACAAGCGGCACGUUUGUUAGCUAACUGAACUCGCGAUUGUUCUAAUAGUUGGUCGGUCAACGGCCCAAGUGGUUCGUGGAUGCUUGGGGGGAAAAGGGGGUCCAAGUGGAUUUAUAUGUUCAAGUACACCAGUGAAAUCAUCGCGUGCAUUCAACUGCAGUGUUGAAAUCGCAAUUGGCAAUUGUCGUGGGGCACUUGCGGAAUUUACAGAGCUGCAGAAACACUAUCUCACUUUUAUGAGCCGUGACUGAGAUUGGGAUAUAUAUAUAUUUUAAAUAUAAGGAGGGGCUGAUUAGUGUGAUUCGAACUCGGGAAUACUAAGUAAUGGCUUUUAUCUUUUAAAUUUCCAUAAAAUUCGUAAGGUGAUAGUGAAAUACCGAUAAUAAAAUUAAAUAUAAUUAUAAAUUCCACGGAUAUCAACCUAUCACACCGGAAAGCUGAAUUAAUAAAUAUUUGUUGAUGAGGGAGUAAACAAAUAA